UCAAAAACUAUCGUCAAAACUGUCAAGCCGAAUGCAAAAUAGUGUAUGUGAUAAAUAUUUAUACGCACUAACAUGCGUGCGGAUUGGUAUAGGCUUUGGUACAAGGAUACGCGCUCGUACAUAAUCAUGUAUACAUAAAAUUGUGCAUACAACAACACGUAUACCUAUGAACGUUAUUAUCGUUUUCUCACUUUGCGAUAAGAUGUUCAAUAUGGACAUCAAUUCGACGCUUUUCUUAUGAACAUCAAAUCAAAAAAUUCUCCACCAAGGACAUUAAACUUCUCCAGGUUGUAGUCAACAAGUGUCAUAGCAAAAGAUAUAUUUAUAGCGAACGGUUAUUCAUUCCUUACAGUGUAAGAAUGACCUCGACAACAGUGAAAGGUGAACCUUCUGGAAGAAAAAUCCAAAAUAAAUUGGCAUUUGAGAAGUCUCCUUACCUUUUGCAACAUGCAUCAAAUCCUGUCCAUUGGUUUCCUUGGGGUGACGAGGCGAUCGAAAAGGCUCGGCGUGAAGAUAAGCUUAUAUUUCUGUCAGUCGGAUAUUCCACCUGUCAUUGGUGCCAUGUCAUGGAGCGGGAAUCAUUUGAAAAUCCUGACAUUGCGAAAGUUAUGAAUCAGUUUUUUGUCAAUGUGAAAGUUGAUCGCGAAGAAAGGCCCGACAUUGACAAAAUAUAUAUGACUUUUAUUCAAGCUAUUUCUGGACACGGUGGAUGGCCAAUGAGCGUAUUUUUGACCCCUGAAUUGACCCCUGUUACAGGUGGAACCUAUUUUCCGCCUGUUGACAAGUAUGGUCAACCUGGUUUUAAAACUGUAUUGACCACUGUUGCACACAAAUGGAUCGAAAGCAGGAGUGAUGUAUUAAAUUCUGGCAACAGAAUCCUUGAAGUAUUGAAGCAAUCCGUUGGUGCGGAAAGUCUACAUAAAGAAGCAGCUGAGCCAACAGUUGAUUGUGGGUUAAAUUGCGUGCAACAAUUGGCAGGCAGCUAUGAUAAUGAAUUUGGCGGAUUUACAGACGCCCCAAAGUUUCCCCAGCCGGUUAAUUUGAACUUUCUAUUUCACGCAUACUCGAGGGAUCCGUCAAGCGAAUCUGGCAAAGAAUGCUUGAAUAUGUGUCUAACUACUCUUACCAAAAUGGCUAAUGGAGGGAUUCACGAUCACGUUGGUCAGGGGUUCUCACGAUACUCUGUAGAUGGUAAAUGGCAUGUACCACAUUUUGAGAAAAUGUUAUAUGAUCAAGCUCAGCUUCUACGAUCCUACACAGAUGCUUUUGUUAUAACAAAAGAUGCUAUCUUUGCUGAUAUUGUCGACGACAUCGUCACAUAUGUAACACGAGAUCUGCAUCACCAGGCAGGCGGAUUCUACAAUGCAGAGGAUGCAGAUUCCUUACCUUCUCACGAUUCUCAGGAAAAAAAAGAAGGUGCAUUUUACGUGUGGACUCAUGGAGAUAUAAAAAGUCUCCUUGGCAAACCCAUUCCAGGAAAAGAAGACUUGGAAUUAUCGGAUGUGUUUUCUUUUCACUACAAUGUUAAGCCUGAGGGGAACGUUGGUCAUUCGCAAGAUCCUCACGGAGAGUUGAAGGGACAAAAUGUACUGAUAGUCUACGGCAGUUUGGCCGAGACUGCUGAACAUUUUGAUUUAAGUUUAGAAGAUGUGAAUAAAUAUUUGCAAGAGGCUCGUGAAAUAUUGUACCAAGCUAGAUUGAAGAGGCCCAGGCCUCAUCUGGAUGACAAGAUAGUUACAUCAUGGAACGGAUUAAUGAUUAGCGGAUUGUCACGAGCUGGUUUUGCAUUGAAUAACAAGAAUUACAUAGACUUUGCUGUGAAGGCGGCUAUUUUUGUUGAACGUUACUUAUUCGAUGCAGAGAAAGGCUUGUUAUUACGUAGCUGUUACAACGGGGGAGGAGGUACAAUUACUCAAACGAGUGUACCGAUAAAUGGAUUUCACGGUGAUUACGCUUUCAUGGUCCAAGGAUUGCUUGAUUUAUACGAAGCGACGCUGGACACGCACUGGCUUGAAUUUGCUGAAAAAUUGCAGGAUAUACAGGACAAUUUGUUCUGGGAUCCUGUAGCUGGCGGUUAUUUUGCUACAACCGAGGAAGAUCGCACAGCAAUUCUAAGGCUUAAAGAUGAUCACGACGGAGCCGAACCGUCGAGUAAUUCCAUAGCGUGCGGAAAUUUGUUACGAUUGAACGCCUACCUCGAUCAUGCGGAGUUCAACGAUAAAGCUUCCAAAUUACUAAUUGCAUCCAGAGAAUCUCUUACACGUGUUCCCGCUGCUCUACCGGAACUCGUGUCUGCCCUGCUACAUUACCAUGAUUCAAUGACGCAGAUCUACGUGGUUGGUAAAAAGGAUGCUGCAGAUACAAUCGAGCUACUCAAUGUUAUUCGUGAGAAAUUUGUUCUUGGACGCAUCCUGCUCUUGGUUGACCACGAAGAUCCUAACAAUAUUUUAUUUCGCAAGAGCAAAGUUAUCCUCAACAUGAAGUCUCUCAACAAUAGAGCAACGGUCUAUGUAUGUCAUCGUCACGUUUGUUCGCUACCAGUUACAGAACCGGACCAGCUUGCCAGGCUUCUUGACGCAAAACCGUAGAUCAACAGUAAGUUAUUACCUGAAAUUUAUGCAUAUUUAUAAAUGAAUAAUGUUGUUACUGUUGUGAAUAUAUAUUUACGUAUUCGUAUGGUAUAUAAAAGUAUUUUGAAAAGUAUUUGGUUUUUUGUUACUUUCGCUUUCAGAACUAAAAAUAGGUGAAUCACGAAACUCAAUUAUGUAAUUUACGUCUAACCUUGACCACAGGAAUUAACAGUUUAAAAAUAAUAACAUUGAGACUGUUCAAUAGCUGAUGGUUUAAUUGAUAAUCACAUUUUGAUAUCUUGUUAAAUUCUUUGCUGAUUUACAGCUAAAUACUAAUGUGAUUUCAAAUAAUUUUUAAUCAAAUAACCAACUGGAAUAAGGUGUUAGAAGUUUUUUAAAUUAUUUAUUACAUCCUUAUGUGAUAUUUCAGAUUCUUUUUAUGGCAAAUUCGUUAUUUAAAAUACAAAAACUCGAAUGAAUUUUAUAAUUUGCAACUUUUUCACGAGAUUCAGUGAUCAGACAAAUUGUUAUUCUGAACAUGAACGCUUAAUGGAUCCCUGCACGUCUAAUGUGUUUUAUUUCCAACUUUUUUUUAUCGUGGAGUCUACAGCCACAUUAAUCCGCCGAUGCUAAUCAAAGUUUACUAUAAAUAAGCGUUACAUGUAGAAGACCAGAAAUGUAUGUAUAUAAUUCAGACGCAAGAAUAACUUAUAUCUGCGUAUAUCAUGUAUAUCUGCGCCAAAAUAAAGAAUUUGAUAUUUUAACGGUUA